CGAGUGUCGCUUGCCUCUGCUUCUACGAACUGAUUCCGAUCUGCAGCAUCCAAUCAACCUUUUCAUCCUUCUUAUAUGUCGUUCCCAGCAGAAGCCUUGUUCACAUCGCGUCUUUUACCCUCACGUGCCCAUCAACCAUUCUUGACAACGUAUGCUAUGGCGGUAUAGUCGCUCCCCUGUUCUGUUUGUUCUUGUAUUACUAUGGCCACUCAGUCUUCUUCUGGCUCAACUUCUUCGCCAUCAUCUUCACACCGGCAUCAUGAUAUCCAGGACUUGAUCAAUCGCUUUUUCGUACAAUUACGACAAGGAUGUGGUGUUUCCACCUGCUCGACGUCUCUGUGUGCCACUGCGCGGUCUCGGCCUUCAUCGCCACCAUUGCGUAGCUACACUGCUGUCAGCGCCCGGGCUAUGGCCGUCGUCUUGGCUUCAUCAGAGAAUGCAUUGGAUCGCCUCUGUCCGAAUUUACCGAGCCACUUGCCUGCUAUUUUGGCAGCUCCACAAGAGAAACUAGACUCCAAGGCUAUCAUGCAGCAACUCUUCAAUUCUGAAUCACUGAGAAACAUUCACUCUCUAGAAGAUACACAUACACCAAGGCUCGUACACGAACGGUCUCUAUCGGGCAACUCAUUCCUUACAGUAUCAUGCGACGACUUGGUCAGAUUGUGCGAUGCUACAUGUAGCUUGCAUCUCGGUUCGGAGUCUGACCAACACAUUAUCACAGCACGCAAUCGCACCUACACAAGGCUGGAUUCCAUAUUUUCCGACUUCACCAAUCUGGCACAAUCCUUCUCUGACGAUCCCAUGAACGUUCGCAAAGAUCCAGAGACACAUCGUUCCGCUACCUAUUCUGUCCGUCUUCACCAUGCACUCGAAUCGGUACAUGCUCUCGGAGAAGAUGCAUCAAACAUCGUUUUUGAUUCUACGUGGAUAGCGCUCGAGCCGAUAUUUGAGAGUCCGUUUGAUUCCCGACAUAAAGGGCCAAGAACCUUCCAAACAAUUUCUUCUGAUGCCAAGAGCUCCAGCGUUUCUGACGUGGUUUAUCGUGCCAUCCAUACGCUGACUUCGUUCGUGCCGAGAGCUGGAUGGAACACAUGGUAUUUUGCUUGGUCUGCACUGAUUCAUGGCAGAGCGCAUGGUAAGCAGAUGGACAGACGAGAUAGCGAGUAUUUCUCGCCCUGCCUACCAAUCCUCGAUGCUUUCGAACAGGACACUGCCCUUCGUAUGGCGAAGCGACUGGUUCGGGCAGUUGGUGCAAGAACAUGCCUCGAAGAAACCUUGUCCGCAUGUAGUAAGGGUGAUGCGAAGCCAGAUCCCCGGUUGCAAGUCUGGCAGACCAAUCGCCGUAUCAGAUCAUCAAUUACUGAUUUGCUUGUCCAAGAAGAGCAGAAUAUACGUUUGGCCAGUUUCAAGACUAUUUGGAGGGACGAACUGCGACAUGGUGGGGAGCUUGUUGGUACCACUUCUCUCAUUUGGCUAGAGUGGUUGCGAAAGUGUUUCCUCAAAGAGUGGGAUGGCUCUCUACGAAUCAAUAGAUGGAGUGUUGCUGGUUCAGCACUCGAGCUCAUUGAAGACCUUUGGAAUCACAAAAGCCAAGGUCAACUAGACAUGCCUGCAAAACUGUUCAUGACUCCCGCCGCUUUUCGUAUCCUUGACGUUGACAAAGCGGCGCAAGAUUGGUUGUCUUACAAGUCAGAUGUCAACAGUAGGCAUUUACUGUCUUUCAAGUUUUUGUUCAGCACAAAAAGGAUUAUUCAGUUGGUUCGCACAUCUCAUCACAUACUGAUGCGGCGAGCCUACAAUGAAGCAGAUGCAACAUGGCACUUACGUAGGAGGACGAUGCCCGAGGUUAAUUUACAGGACGUCAUCUACCUAGACCGCCGUCUGAGAGCUUCUCAAGAUCACUAUCUUGUGCUAAAGAUCAACAGGCAUUCAAUUCUGUCGGACGCUUUCGACCAGCUAUGGCAUAGGGAGAAAAGAGAGCUACUUCGCCCACUAAGGAUACGAAUGGGUAUCGACGAAGGCGAGAUCGGUCAUGAUCUUGGUGGUGUGCAAAUCGAGUUUUUCAAGCUCGUUUGUCAGGAAGCCUUUAGUCCCGGCUACUCAUUCUUCACUACAGAUCCUCAAACUCGUCUGUCGUGGUUCCAGCCUGCAACCUUGGUACCACUCUACAAGUACCAGCUCUUCGGCGUUCUAUUCGCACUUGCUAUCUACAAUGGCAUCACCUUACCAGUCUCAUUUCCUCUGGUCUUCUACAAGAAGCUUCUUUUCCAGCAGUUUGGCGAGACUGAUUUGGCUGAAGGAUGGCCCAGUCUGAACAAGUCAUUGCAAUAUCUACGUACGCAUCAAGGUUCUGUUGAGGAAGACUUUGCUCGAGACUAUGUCUACAGUUUCAGUGCAAACGGCCUACAUUUGGAUGUAAGUAUGGACGACCCUUGGAAUGGCUGGUCAAUAUGGGGCAAAAUCAAGUCUGGCAAGGGUAUGACUUUGGGCCUUAUGAAGGUCAUACGACAAUAUCCUGACAAGCAUCAUCCUGAGUUCACUUCUUCUCGUGGAGAAAACGAACGUGCACAUGCGCGGUCUGACUCGGAAGGAUUGCUGGAAAUCACGAACCAUUUGAAUUCAGAGAGUCAAACGAGAGACGUGUCACAAAAGGCUCAAGAGCCUGACCAAAGCAGAUUUGAGUGGCCAGGUUGGAAGGUCAUGUUUGUGGAACCUGACGAAUACUCCAAGCCUGUCACGAAUGAGAAUCGACACCAAUACAUCUCAAGCUAUGCCAAGUGGGUCUUGGACUGGUCCAUCCGCCCACAAUUCAAUGCGUUCGCGAAAGGCUUCUAUUCUGUUAUGAAUCUCAGGCCUUUGACACUCCUGAACGCAGACCAAUUCCGUACCCUGGUCGAAGGCCACAAUCAUCUCGAUAUCAACGCUUUGCAAAGAGCUACUACCUACAGUCAUUACACAGAAACCUCCCCUGUCAUUUGUUGGUUCUGGGAGGUGGUUAAAGCCUACCCUCAGGAGAAGCAAAAGCAGUUAUUGGAAUUUGUCACAGCAAGCAGUCGCGUUCCUGUAAACGGAGCCGAAAGCUUGACUUUUGUCAUCGAGAGAAGCGAUUCUGACACCAAUGCGUUGCCUGGAAGCAGCACUUGCUUUAGCACAUUGAGGUUGCCUGAGUAUGAAAGCAAGCAAAUCCUGACAGCCAAGUUGGAUAUCGCUCUUGAACAUUCUUUGGGAUUUGGACAAGCAUAGACUUGCUUCUGAUUGAGUCGAUCGUUCAUAGAUGGUCUUGUAUGCAUUGGAAAGUAUCAAGCGGUUUGCUUUUAGGUGCGUGCUAAUCUGAUGUGAUCUUGUUUUUGGUGUCUCUUUGUUAAGAGUAAGGAAACUUAUGCGGAGUUUGACAUAAGCACUCUGGCCUCCGAAGCCUGCAGCUACUCAAUUUCGCGUCUCGCCAUUCGCCUAAUCGCCACUUCCGAAUUUU